GUAUAAACAAACAAACAUACAACAAUUUACAAGUAACUAUUUUUUAUUUUAAAUAACUUAAUAAAAUUUAAAUAAAUAUUAUUUUUUUUUGGAUCAAUUUCCAAUAAGAGAUCAAUAAAUCGCAAGAAUGUCGAAAAUAAUUUUGGCUAUUUUCUUAAUCGUCCUGUGUGGGCUCAUUUUUGUUACUGUAGACGCAAGGAUUAAUAAUCCAUGUAAGACUAAUAGAGAUUGUGAUAAAUUUAACGAAUACUGCGAAACUCAAGGUGAUGAAAAUGGGAAUUACGCAGGAAUGACAUGUCAAGAUAUAAACCUCUUAGUAUAAGUCAGCAGUAUAAUGUGGUCUAAUAAUAAACGCAUCUGAUUUAUCAAGAU